CAUAGUCGCUUCCAAUGCUAUGAAAUCUCAAGCAGAGAUCAGCAGCAGGAAAGGCAUAGUGAGCAGUACUGCCUGGGAUCCUGCAGACACUGGAGCCUGGACUAGGAGACACCUAGGAGACACCUGGGACUAGGAGACACCUAGGAGACACCUGGGACUAGGAGACACCUGGGACUGUGCACUCACCAAUGGCUCGGGCUCCUCAGACAGGGGGAACACGGCGAUUUAGUGGGGCACAGUGGCACCUGCAGAAAAUUGUGAAUGACUCGGUGGACAGCUCUGAUGAUGAAUUCUUUGACGCAAGAGAGGAAGUUGUUGAAGGAAAAAAUGCAAUACUUAUUGGAAUGAGUCAAUGGAAUUCAAAUGACUUGGUGGAACAAAUUGAAACCAUUGGAAAGCUAGAAGAGAAUCCAGCUGAACUUUACCGAGUUCAUGGGAGAAAACAAAGAUGCCCCAGGCAGAGCAGUUUUGAGAUAAAUGAGGACAAUGAGGAUACGGCAUCACAAAACACCUGUAAAACACACGUCCUUGUUCUUGUUCUUCAUGGUGGUAGUAUACUUGAUACAGGAGGAGGCGAUAUCAACAACAAGGUGGCUGAUGUUAACACCUUCAGCUCUGUGUUUGAGAAAGUUACCAAAGCCCAUUUCCCAGCAGCCCUUGGACACAUCUUGAUCAAGGUGGUUCCAUGUCCUGCAAUAUGCGCUGAAGCAUUUUCACUGGUUUACAACCUUAACCCUUACAGCUAUGAUGAGAACUGCCUAAACAUUAGUGAAGAUCACAUUCCACUAGCUGCCUUGCCACUGCUGGCCAUCUCCUCUCCUCAGUACCAAGAUUCUGUUGCUAUGGUGAUCAGUCGAGCAAAUCAAGUUUACAAUGAAUUCCUGAAGUCUCCAGAUGGGGCUGACUUUAAUGGACAGGUGUGUCUGAUUGGAGACUGUGUUGGAGGAAUUUUGGGUUUUGAUGCUCUGUGCCACAGUGCAAAGACACCUGGGGAGAGUCAAAGCUCAAGCAGGAGAGGAAGUGGCAGCAGCAUCCAGGAUAAUCCUUUUCUCUCUGAUGAAAGCAAUCCUAACCUGCGAGGAACUAAGCGGCUCAGCAAAAGCAAUAUUGACAUCUCAGGAGUUUUGGACAAUGAAGAGCCAAGGCAACGGAAACAGAGUGAUUCAUCUACCUACGACUGUGAUACGAUAACCCAACACCAUGCUUUCCUGUCUAGUAUUCAUUCAAGUGUUCUGAAGGAUGACGUGGACUUUCCCCGAACUGGGAGUUCCAAUCUUUGUGAAGUCAUAAUGGGGCGCUUUGACUUUGAGGUGUCGGACUUCUUCCUGUUUGGUUCCCCUUUGGGCCUGGUAUUGGCUAUGAGAAGGACAGUACUGCCUGGUAUUGAUGUGUGCCGGGCCCGUCCUGCUUGCAGCCAGGUGUACAGUUUUUUCCAUUCUGCUGACCCCUCUGCCUCCAGAUUGGAACCCUUGCUUGAAAAGGCAUUCCACGUCCUGCCACCUUUCAAUGUUCCUAGAUAUCAGAAGGAUCCUUUAGGAGAUGGAAAAUCAUAUCUUUUAGUGGAUGGCAUUCAAGCAUGUAGUUCAGCGUUUGUUGAAAAUUCUGCAAGCAGCAUUUCCCCCUCUACAGAGACUCCUGCAUUGUCCAAUGUAUCCACCCCCACCCAGGUAAAGGGUAGAAAAUCCAGCCUGGUGAGCAUGAACAGCGAGUUGUCUAGUUCUUCAGAAAGCUUGCCGUCGGCAAAGAUCGCGAAUGUUACAGCUAACUGGUGGGGAACAAAGCGUAUUGACUAUGCUUUAUAUUGUCCUGAUGUGCUCACUGCCUUCCCAACUGUGGCAUUGCCUCAUCUUUUCCAUGCCAGCUACUGGGAGUCAACAGAUGUGGCGGCCUUUAUUUUGAGACAGCUGAUGAGGUAUGAGAGUGUGCAGAUACAGCAGAAGGAGGGCAUUGACACGAUGAAUAUGAGCCCUUCCAGUCGGCAAGAGAAAUGGCUUCGAAAGAGGAAUCACGUCAAACUGCGUAAUGUCACAGCCAAUCAUCGAGUCAACGAUGUGAUUUCGGUGGAGGGUGGUUUGCAGGUUCUGGUUGGUCGAUUUAUGUACGGCCCUCUGGACAUGGUAGCCUUGACAGGAGAAAAGGUGGACAUGCUCAUUAUGACUGAGCCAUCUAGUGGAAGAUGGGUUUACUUUGAUACUGAAAUAUCUAACAGCAGUGGGCGAGUCUCAUACAGUGUACCAGAGGAUAAGAGACUGGGUGUAGGAGUGUACCCCAUCAAGAUGGUUGUAAGGGGUGAUCAGAGCAGUGCACAGAGUUACCUCACAGUGCUACCCCCGGGAAUGGAGUGUGUAGUUUUUAGCAUUGACGGAUCAUUUGCAGCCAGUGUUUCCAUCAUGGGUAGUGAUCCGAAAGUAAGAGCCGGAGCAGUGGAUGUAGUCAGGCACUGGCAAGAUCUUGGUUAUCUAAUUAUUUACAUCACUGGUCGCCCAGAUAUGCAGAAACAAAGAGUGGUCUCCUGGUUAUCCCAGCACAACUUUCCCCAAGGGAUGAUCUUCUUUUCUGAUGGACUUGUACAUGACCCAUUGCGCCAGAAGACAAUAUUCCUCCGAAAUCUCAUGCAAGAGUGUCACAUCAAAAUUAGUGCAGCCUAUGGAUCAAUGAAAGACAUUUCUGUAUACAAUGUGCUUGGACUGUCAUCUUCUCAAAUCUUUAUAGUUGGACGUGCAGCUAAGAAGUAUCAGACUCAGUGUCAAUUUGUUAGCGAAGGAUAUGCUGCUCAUUUGGCCUCAUUGGAAUUUAGCCACCACUCCCGACCUAAGAAGAACAAUUCCAGAAUGAUCCUAAGAAAGGGCAGUUUUGGCUUACAUACUCAACCUGAAUUCCUGAGGAAACGAAACCACCUCCGGAGAACUAUGUCUGUUCAGCAGCCGGAACCACCUUCCAGCAACCCCAAACCAGAAAGAGCACAGAGCCAACCAGAGUCUGACAAAGACCAUGAGCGUUAUUUAAAUCCACUUUCAUGGGUGAGAAGUGCAGGCUACAAGUUUGAGCCCUCACCUUAGUGAAGACAUAGCAUAGUGGAAAUAGGUGAAAGAACAGACAAGUUGUGCAAAGUGGAAACAGCAAUAUGAUGGAUCUGUGGUAGCUUCCAAUGAGAUCCUUCCCUUAACUCGAUUAAAUGACAGUAGACAGAGACUGUGGUAUAUCAUGUAUUUGCUGGAUAAAGAUGUAUUGUGGAUGUGGCACAUUCCUCUGACUUCAAUACACCCCCUUACCUAUAUCACCAUGUUUGUCAGUGGCAGCACUGCUAUACAGAUUACAUUGAAGCUUGUGAAAAGAAGAAUAAAGAGCACUAUUUGAAGUGGA